CCUGGCAGGAGGGAGCCGCAGCUCGGGCGGCGGCGGGGCCGUGGCAGGAAGCGGCGGGGCCGGGGCGGCAGCCUCCCUCCCUCCCUCCUCCCCGGCGGCGCGGACGUGGCCCGCCGCCGCCGCCACCAGCCUCGCGGCACCAGAAUAACGGCGUGCAUAGAAGUUGGGGAGACAACAGAGCCCGCAACAAUGCUGCUGAAAGGAGUCUGAGCCACAGAGCAUGCUUUGUGCCACAGUUACCCAGGUGCUGAAUGCUGUCCACAAACUACUUUGUCGAUGAAGGAAGAAAUUGAUUGGGAAUCGAAAGCGCGAACUAGUUCAUAAUACUGUUCAACAUGCGCAAAGGGGUGCCAAAGGACCCAGAAAUAGCUGAUCUGUUCUACAAAGAUGAUCCUGAAGAAAUAUUUGUGGGUUUACAUGAAAUUGGACAUGGAAGUUUUGGAGCAGUUUACUUUGCUACAAAUUCCCACACUAAUGAAGUGGUGGCAGUCAAGAAAAUGUCCUACAGUGGGAAGCAAACGAACGAGAAAUGGCAGGAUAUCAUCAAAGAAGUCAAGUUUCUACAACAGCUGAAGCACCCCAACACCAUAGAGUAUAAGGGCUGUUACCUGAAAGAGCAUACCGCAUGGUUGGUUAUGGAGUACUGUUUAGGUUCAGCUUCUGAUUUGCUAGAGGUUCACAAGAAACCACUUCAGGAAGUGGAGAUUGCUGCCAUUACUCACGGUGCCUUGCAGGGGCUGGCCUACCUGCACUCUCACGCUAAGAUACAUAGGGAUAUUAAAGCUGGAAAUAUUCUUCUAACAGAACCAGGUCAAGUGAAACUAGCUGAUUUUGGGUCUGCCUCUAUAGUCUGCCCUGCCAAUUCUUUUGUGGGGACACCUUACUGGAUGGCACCAGAGGUGAUCCUUGCUAUGGACGAAGGACAGUAUGAUGGAAAGGUGGAUGUCUGGUCUCUCGGGAUCACAUGUAUUGAGUUAGCUGAAAGGAAGCCUCCGCUUUUCAACAUGAAUGCAAUGAGUGCCUUAUAUCACAUAGCCCAGAAUGAUUCCCCUACGUUACAGUCAAAUGAAUGGUCAGACUCCUUUAGGGGAUUUGUUGAUUACUGCUUGCAGAAAAUACCUCAGGAAAGGCCAUCAUCAACAGACCUAUUGCGGCAUGAUUUCGUUCGCCGAGACCGACCACCAAGGGUACUAAUAGACCUCAUACAAAGGACAAAAGAUGCAGUACGUGAAUUGGAUAACCUUCAGUACCGGAAAAUGAAGAAAAUCCUUUUCCAGGAGACAAGGAAUGGCCCACUGACCGAGUCUCAAGAAGAAGAGGAGGACAGUGAGCAUGGAUCAAACGUGAGUAGGAAGAUGGACAGUCUGGGCAGCAACCAUUCCAUCCCGAGCAUGUCUGUGAGCACAGGCAGUCAGAGCAGCAGUGUGAGCAGCAUGCAGGAGGUCCUGGAUGAGAGCAGCCCUGAACUUGUCAUGAUGCAUAGUGACGAGAGCACAAUUAAUUCCACUUCCUCCGUUGUCCAUAAGAAGGAUCAUGUAUUUAUAAGGGAUGAGGUGGGCCACAGGGAUCGCAGGCCUGAGGUGCGGCCUACCCAGUCAGUGCAGAAUCAGGCCCUCCACUACCGGAACCGCGAGCGCUUUGCCACGAUCAAAUCGGCGUCUUUGGUUACAAGACAGAUCCAUGAGCAUGAGCAGGAGAACGAGUUGCGGGAACAGAUGUCAGGAUAUAAGCGGAUGCGGCGCCAGCACCAGAAGCAGCUGAUCGCCCUGGAAAACAAGUUGAAGGCCGAGAUGGACGAGCACCGCCUCAAGCUGCAGAAGGAGGUGGAGACUCAUGCCAACAACUCGUCCAUUGAGCUGGAGAAGCUGGCCAAGAAGCAAGUGGCUGUGAUGGAGAAAGAGGCAAAGACAGCUGCAGCAGAUGAAAAGAAAUUCCAGCAACAGAUUUUGGCUCAGCAAAAGAAAGACCUGGCGACCUUUUUAGAAAGUCAGAAGAAACAAUACAAGCUUUGCAAGGAAAAGAUUAAAGAGGAAAUGAAUGAGGACCACAGCACACCGAAGAAAGAGAAGCAAGAAAGAAUAUCCAAACACAAAGAGAACCUGCAGCACACUCAGGCUGAAGAGGAGGCCCAUCUUCUCAGCCAGCAGAGACUCUACUACGACAAAAACUGCCGUUCCUUCAAGAGAAGAACGAUGAUCAAGAGGCAUGAGAUGGAGCAGCAGAACAUUCGGGAAGAGUUAAACAAAAAACGGACACAGAAGGAAAUGGAGCACGCCAUGCUGAUCCGGCACGACGAGUCGACGCGCGAGCUGGAGUAUAGGCAGCUGCACACGCUGCAGAAGCUGCGAAUGGACCUGAUCCGGCUGCAGCACCAGACUGAGCUUGAGAACCAGCUGGAAUACAACAAGCGGAGAGAGCGGGAGCUGCACAGGAAGCAUUUCAUGGAGCUCCGGCAGCAACCAAAGAACCUGAAGGCGAUGGAAAUGCAGAUCAAAAAGCAGUUCCAGGACACAUGCAAAGUGCAAACAAAGCAGUACAAAGCACUGAAGAAUCACCAGCUGGAAGUAACUCCAAAGAGUGAGCACAAGACAAUUUUGAAGAGCCUGAAGGAUGAGCAGACGAGGAAGCUCGCCAUCCUCGCAGAGCAGUAUGAGCAGAGCAUCAAUGAGAUGAUGGCCUCACAGGCGCUACGGCUGGAUGAGGCCCAAGAAGCAGAAUGCCAGGCCCUGAGACUGCAACUCCAGCAGGAGAUGGAGCUGCUCAACGCGUAUCAGAGCAAAAUCAAGAUGCAGACAGAAGCACAGCAUGAAAGAGAACUCCAGAAGCUGGAGCAACGGGUGUCACUGCGCAGGGCACAUCUUGAACAAAAGAUCGAAGAGGAGCUAGCCGCCCUGCAGAAGGAGCGCAGCGAGAGGAUAAAGUUUCUGUUGGAGAGGCAGGAGCGAGAGAUUGAAACGUUUGACAUGGAGAGCAUGCGAAUGGGCUUUGGGAAUUUGGUCGCGUUAGAAUAUCCCAAGGAGGACUAUAGAUGAGAUUAAAUUUCUUUGCCAUUUAAAAACAAACAAAAAAUAAUAAUAAUGAUAAAACUUGCAAAACCAACAUUCCCCAUGUUAACGGGCGUGCUCUCUCUCUUUCUGUCUCUCUUACUGACAUCGUGUCGGACUAGUGCCUGUAUAUUCUUAUUCCAUCAGGGGCCCCCUUUCCCCCCUGUGUCGAGUCCCAGUGGUGGACAGCUCCUGGCGGUCUUUUUCAUAGUAUGUCACAGUAUUGAUGUCUCUGUGCAAUGAUUAAAAAUGUUUCAGUGAAAACUUUGGAGACAGUUUUAAUGGAAAAAACAAAAAAGUGGAUGUAUGUUGCUUUUGAGCAAUCACUCAUUUUACCACCAAUCAAUGGAAGUACAAGCAAAAAAAAAAUCAAAUGAUAUAUACAAACCCAGGGGGAGAGAGACUAAAUCCGCAGCCUUACCUUAACUAGCUGCUGCAUAAUUUUAUUUUAUUUUUAUUUUUUUGGUAUUUAUUCAUCAGGAAUAAUUAAAUAAUAAAAAUUUUAUUAAAGAUUAAAAAAUUUGAUACAUUUUACAGAAAACUUAAUCGUGAUGUACAUAUCAGUGGUGACAUAUUAUUACUUUUUUGGGGGUGGGGAGGGAUGGGGCAAAGAACUGGUGAUUUUUAGAAGAACCAUGCCAGGCGAGGCGGGAAUUAGACCUCGGUCCUCGGCAUAUUCUUGAUUGUAUCAUAAUCAUUUUCUGCUGUUGCAGAGAAUGUGAAUACACUUAAAUGAGCCCACAGGAUCCCAGUAGCACAAAUUGGGCUUUGUCAAAUCGUGUAUUUUGUGUAUAGAAGGAAUUUAAGGAGAGCUUUUACUUAUUUUCAUAUUGUAUUUUAACUGUUUCUCUGAUCAAAAAUUUUUUUACUUCUUUCCCCCCCCCCCUUCCCUCCUGGUCCCAGCCACCCUGCCCACUUUCCAGUUCAGUAUUUGGAGUUCAACACUGUCUGUCAGAUCAUCCCGAUCCCUUUAUUUUCUUUUUUUGUUCCUCCCCCAAAUCCACCCCCAACCCCAUGAUUUUGGUCAUAAAUACUGCAUUAUUCACACUUUCAAACUGUGUAUUUUCUUACAAUAAAAAGAUUAAAAAAAAAGGCUUUA